UUGAAUGCGCCUAUCAGCUGAUGAGCGCUUCACGUGACUUCAGAUGCUUCGUUAGCGGCUGACUGUUAUGUUCCGACCAUAAGCUUGUCUGCGGUAACAAAGAAUGGAUUUGUUUGAAUGUUUGGGAAAUUUUGUAUCUCAGUACGCAGUGUUGUUGGCGAUUGCACUUUGCAUAGUUAGAAGUGAUAUGACAGUGGAUGCGAAAUCUGCUCGGAGGCCCAACAUUGUUCUGAUUCUCACAGAUGACCUCGAUGUUGUGAUUGGUGGUCUGACUCCUCUAAACAAAACUAGAAGGUUAAUUGGAGAAACUGGCAUUACAUUCAUCAAUGCAUAUGUAUCCAGCCCACUUUGUUGUCCUAGUCGAGCAUCCAUUUUAACUGGCAAGUAUCUUCACAAUCACAGAGUUGUAAACAAUACUCUGGAGGGUAACUGCAGCAGUCAAGCCUGGCAGAAAACACAGGAACCUUUUACCUUCCCUGUGAUUCUGAACCAGUUCUGCGAGUACCAGACAUUUUUUGCAGGGAAAUACCUAAAUGAGUAUGGGUCUUCUGAAGCAGGUGGAAUUGAAUAUGUACCUCCAGGUUGGAAUUACUGGUAUGCUUUGGAAAAAAAUUCCAAAUAUUACAACUAUACUUUGUCUGUUAAUGGACGAAAACAGAAACAUGGAAAUGACUAUAACGAAGAUUACCUGACCGAUGUAUUGGCAAAUGUAUCAAUGGAUUUCUUAGAAAAGAAGUUGAAUUAUCAGCCAUUCUUCAUGAUGAUCUCUACACCAGCACCUCAUUCUCCUUGGACACCUGCCCCUCAGUAUGAGAAAAACUUUGCAGAUGUCAAAGCACCACGAGAUAUCGCCUUUAAUAAGCAUGUAAAGGAUAAACAUUGGCUCAUUAGACAGGCUAAGUCUCCAAUGACCAACACCUCUAUUCAGUUUCUAGAUGAUGCAUUUAGAAAAAGGUGGCAGACACUGCUAUCAGUGGAUGAUCUUGUGGAGAAAUUAAUAACAAAACUGUCCAUCAGAGGAGAACUGCAAAACACCUAUAUAUUCUUUACAUCUGACAAUGGAUAUCAUGCAGGACAGUUUUCUUUGCCUAUUGACAAGCGACAACUGUAUGAGUUUGACAUAAGAGUUCCUUUACUUGUUAGAGGCCCAGGGAUUAAAUCAAAUCAAACAAACAAGAUGCUUGUUGCAAAUAUUGAUCUUGGGCCAACAAUUUUGGACAUUGCAGGAUAUAAUGUCAGCAAAACAAAAAUGGAUGGCAUGUCUUUUCUCCCCCUUAUGACUGGCAAACAAGAGAAUAUGACUUGGAGAACAGAUAUCUUGGUUGAGUAUGAAGGAGAAGGACACAAUGUUAGUGAUCCUGAUUGUCCUGGGCUGGGACCUGGUGUUGCAGAGUGUUUCCCAGAUUGUGUGUGUGAAGAUGCAUAUAACAACACCUAUGCUUGUGUGAGGACAAUUGCUAUGUCGGCUGACUUGCAGUAUUGCGAAUUUGAUGAUGCUGAGCUAUUUGUGGAGGUAUACAAUUUGACUGCUGACCCCUUCCAACUAACUAACAUCGCCAAGACAAUUGAUCAAGAGGUGCUAGAGAAAAUGAACCACAGGCUAAUGAUGUUACAGUCCUGCUCUGGACCUAAAUGCCAGUCUCCCGGAGUUUAUGAUUUUGGAUUUAAAUUUGAUCUUCGGUUGAUGUUCAACACUCAUGGACAUAAGGGGAAGAGGUUCCUGAGACAAUUCCUGAAAUAGCAGGAAGUCUGAAGCCUUGACUUCCCUUCCUCUCAUGUUCUGUUACCUCGUGUUUGAAGGUGUUCCCUCUAUUUAUCCUGUGUUAAUUCCUCUAAGAGGAAAAGAAAACGAGAGAAAGAUGCCACCAGUCAGUAUGAUGCUCCUUUAAGUUCAGGCUGUAUGCAGAGAACUUUGUAAAUUAGGCUUCAGUUUUAAAGUAAUUUCGUUUUUUCAGCUUUUCAAAUCUGUAACUGAGUAUUUGGUUACUGCCUAACUUGGAAAUUCACAAUCUGAACUAUUUUAAAGAAAAUCUGCUGGAAACAUUAGGGGAGAAAAAAAAAAAGUCAUUUGUGAAGGAACUAAUUUGAAACAGCCAUACUAAUGAAUGCUAACAUUAUUAAUUACAUUACAGUAUCUGUAGGGCAUAUAGUGCACAUACUGCACCAGCAUCUAGGAAUGUUAAACAAAUUCCUUUAUAGUAAUUUUGAGCACUGGGAAGCACCAACUACUACUUAUCCAUUCCAUGUUCAAUCGUAUGAAAACUUAGUGUUCUUGAACAUGUCCACCUGUUGAUUGAGAGGGCCUUCAGUUGACUUUGUGUUAUUUGAUAUCUCUGGUGGUGAUAUGAUGCUAUAUGAUAGCACCCUGACCAGGAAUUGAAAGACUGGGUGGAGUACAGUGUCUUUACAGGACAGUGUCUGUUUAAGUUCAUGCUAUAUAAACAGUAAAAUUAGUAUUUUUUUUCACCUGGUAGUAUUCAGAAAUACAAUAUUUAUUAACUUGCAAUAUAUGUUUUGUUAGUAUUGAACUGAUUAGAAUAUGAAAGAGUGAUGCUUUUUCCACUGGAAAUUUGAAAUGUUUAACUUUUCAAAAAUUUUAUUUUUUCCUUAUUUGGUAUUUUUGAUAUAAAAGCUGACUAUCAUAACAUGUACAGUUUGAAGAGUAGAAAACACAAUUUACCUUACUCUUUUUAACAAAAGGCUUAAUAUGAAAUAAAGCUAGAUUUGCACAUUA